AUGGCUAUGGAACCCCCCAAGCCCAAGAUGGGCGUCGACCCCGUGCGCAGCCGCGAUAUCAUGGACGAUAUCGUCAACGUGGUGGAGACGUACGCGGCGGAUGGAUUCGACGCGUUCGAGGAGUGCCUCGCACAGGAGCUUCCCGACGACCCCGAGCUCACCGCCGCGCUCAAGGCCGGCCUCGACGCGGUAUACAAGGCGACGCAGGCCAACAUCGAGCAGAACUUUGGCCGAUUCGCCGAGCAGUGCGCGACCGACGUCUUCGCCGUGCCCGACGAGCUGACGCAGGCGAACGACCUCGCGGAGAACCUCCCGAGCUGCAGCGUCGAGGAGGAGAAGGCGCUGGACGAUGAGCUCAGGCAGCUGCGUCGCAGGCUGACGCACCACGUCGCCAUGAAAAGCCACUGCGAGGCGCAGUGCGCCAAGCUGGAGGCUGAGAUGGCGGAUCACGCGGACGUCGCCGCCGCGCUGAAGGACGGCAAGGAAAACUCGUCGUUCUUCGCGGGGCUGCCCGGUGGGAAGAACGAGGCCGAGCGGGCGGCGGCGGCGAUCGUCGCGGCGGCGCGGCAGCUGCAGCCGCUCCUGGAGCAGGCUGAGGAGAUGCAGCGGAGGGGGAUCUUGAUCCAGGAUGGCGACGCGAGCUCGACGGACCCGGUGGUGGUGGCGAAGGCGACGCUCAGGCGGCACUUCGUGCAGGGCAGCAGCCUGGAGGUGCUCAAGUCCAUCAACCAGAGGCUCAACGCGCAGAAGGCCGCCACGGCCAUGGCGGAGACCGCCGUCGCGUGA